GCAUGCAUUAUCAUGCUGCAAUGUCACUGUCGUCUUUCUGUGCUCUAUCUAUGAAUGAUCUUUCUAUCAUAUCAAAUCAAUUUUGUUUUUUUAGAGUUUGUGGUAGCAGUAACUGGGCGACUAAAGCUUUCAUUCUAGAUUCAACAUGGGGAAGACGUAUUACACCCUCCCCUUAAUUCGCUUCACCAACUUUGCAAGAUUGCUUGUGUUUCUUGAUGGAUGUGCUUCAUCUGCUCUGUGGCUUGCAGGCGGCCAUGACUCGUAUAUGGAAUCAAGUGUCACCCAAUGGAGCAUUACAAGUUCCACUUUUGAGCUGGCAUGCAUAGGCAUUGUAAAGAUGCUUUUUCUUUUCCAUGCGUUCUCAAAACUUGAAGAUCUAGCCCUGAUGAAGUUGAGUGAUCCGUACAAUCCAGACAUGAUCCAGAAAAAACGCUUAUUUCAUAUAGCCACGAUCCUUCUGUCAUUCGCUAGCUUGGCGUACACAGCAGUCAAAGGAGGUCUCGUGCUCAACUUGAUUCUGAACGACCCAGGGUAUAACUUAAUGCAUGUCACAUACAAUGCCCUAGUGAUCAGCGCAGGAGCCUUUUCUCUUAUUGAGCUGAUUGUGGCUAUAUUGUGUCCGAUGUUUCUGCGGAAACUGCAGGUGAUUCGGAUCAAGCAUGAACUCACUGAUGAAGAAGAAGAGAAGAUGAAGGUGAAAGAGAAUCCGGCCAGUCUUGGGAGGGUCUUGGGACUAGCCAAACCGGAAACGCUGUUGCUUUUUGUUGGUAUGCUCAGCUUGGUUCUAGCUAGUGCUGCAACAAUGGCUGCUCCUCUGUUCUUUGGAUAUGUCGUUGAUGCAGCAACAUAUAAAUCAAUGGAUGAUGUCAACCGCUCAGUACUGACCCUGUUCCUCAUCUCGGCUGGUGGAGCAGUAGCUUCCCUAAUACGCUCAUGGUGCUUCACCCUUGCUGGUUAUCGUGUCGUGUGUCGCAUUCGUCGGGAUCUCUUUGCUGCUAUCAUCAAGCAGGAGGUGGCAUUCUUCGACACUAAUAGGACGGGAGAGUUGACGAAUCGGUUGUCGUCGGACACCCAGGUCUUACAGAAUGCAGUCACGGUCAAUAUUUCCAUGUUGGUGCGAUACUUGUUUCAAAUCCUGGGUUCCAUCGUCAUCAUGUUCACACAGAGUGCUGCUUUGACUGGCGUCCUAUUAUCUGUGGUGCCUAUUGUAGCAAUAGGUGCUGUACAGUACGGAAAGUUCAUGAAGAACAUUCAGAAGAAUUUCCAGGAUGCGUUGGCUAGUGCAGGAGUGGCUGCUGAAGAGUCUAUCUCCAGCAUACGCACCGUAAGAUCCUUCUGUGGGGAGAGAAAGUCGCAGCAAUCCUAUGAUACAGAGAUUGAUAAGAGCUACAAGUUUGGCAAGUCGCUGUCCUUUGGAGUUGGUGUCUUCAAUGGACUGAUUGGUAUUGUAUCACAGGGAGCGAUUACUUUAGUGCUAUGGUAUGGAGGGAAGCUUGUCCAUCAGAAUGUAACUACAGGUGGAACACAGGGUAUCUCCGUUGGUAUUCUAACAGCUUUCAUGCUUUACACUCUCAACGUUGCCAUGGCAUUCGCCUUCUUAGCCGCUCUCUACGGAGACUUCAUGAAAGCUGUCGGGGCUUCGGUCAGAAUCUUUGACCUGAUCGACCGAGUACCGUUGGUCACAAAUGAAGGAGGGCAUGAACUGAUCGGUUUUAAUGGAGAACUGGAGUUCAAUGAUGUGUGUUUCACUUAUCCAUCUAGGCCAGAAAACCAAGUGCUGAAGGGUGUUACUUUUAACAUGAAGCCUGGUCAGAUGGUGGCGUUAGUCGGGCCCUCUGGUGGUGGCAAAUCAACAAUAGUUAAUCUAAUUGAGAGGUUCUAUUUACCAGACUCCGGUCAAGUAAAGCUUGGUGGUGUUGACUUAUGUGAGCUUGAUCCAUUGUGGUUCCGUGGUAAGAUGUCUAUGGUCAGCCAAGAGCCCUCACUCUUUGCUUGUUCAAUCAAAGAGAACAUUUCAUAUGGGAGAGAUACAACAGAUGAAGAGAUUUUCAAUGCAGCCAAGAUGGCCAACGCCCAUGAUUUUAUCAUGUCAUUUGAAGAAGGGUACGAGACGAUGGUUGGAGAGAGAGGGGUGCGUUUGUCCGGUGGACAGAAGCAGCGAGUUGCUAUUGCCAGAGCUCUCAUCAUGGAUCCUAAGAUUCUACUCCUAGAUGAGGCGACCAGUGCCCUUGAUGCAGAAAGUGAACAUUUGGUACAAGAGGCUAUUGAUCGUGCUAUGGUGGGCCGCACAGUCCUGAUCAUAGCGCAUAGGCUCUCCACUGUCAGAGAUGCAUCCCAGGUACUUGUCAUAAGCCAUGGUAAAAUAGCCGAGAAGGGUACCCACCAUGAGCUGGUAGAUAAAGGCGGUAUCUACAAGAAGCUUGUCCUAAGGCAGUUGAGUGCUGCAGCUGGUACAACUUCUGUCAACACCAAAACAGAUGACAUUUCUCUGCUUGAUGAGGGAGAGGAAGACAUUUUGAUCAGUGGAUUUGAUUAAAGGUAGAUUUGUUUAUGUCUAGUUGGUGUUCCUUUUUUCAGUUGCUGGUACAUUAUAGGAAAGCUCCAUUAAGGAAAAAGGUGGAACAAUAACGUCAUUUUUGCUGGCAACUCCCACCUGUUAUUUCCAUGUUAUCUGUUCAAAACAGUGGACUUAAUUGGAUCAUGCACAAACCAGUAGGGCUGUUGAAUGCCUUGGGCAGAUUAACUGCUCAUCAUAUUUAGGUUUAAGACCUAAGUAAUUCAAUGUAAACACAUCCACUCACUGAGAAGGAUGUGCAUACGUUCUGAGUCUUUUGCGGCCAAACUCGGAAAUUCUUAUUUGGAGCCUUCCCGUAAUGUAGACAAACAGAGUUGUUUGUACUUUUGAACGCCAAAAAUGUUGUUUUCAUGUCCUUUAAAAAGAUUAUUAACACAUUUCACCUCAUGUUACUAUUGUUUAGAGCACCUAAGUUCAAUUUAAUUGUUGCACAUUUUUUGGGUUAAAUAUACUAAUACAUUUUGAGUAUUACGGACUCCAUUUUUGCAGUUGCUUAUGGAGUUGAACAAUGAGUACUUUCAUGCAUAGUUGCUUUAGGGUCUUCGGUAUGAAAUGCGCUAGAAAGUUGAAUGGUUUGGAAUGAUUGGUCAAGUAACUGUUGGCAAAUGUUUAUGGAAAGUAGGGGCAUUUUAUAUUAAAUGAAGAAAAAUAUAUUUAAAUGUAUAUUGAUCCAUGUUUAAUAGAUCAUAGCAUGGAUCAGAAUAUUUGAUUUUAUACAUUCUGCCAUGAUCCUAUAAUGUAAUACUUUUCUGUGUAUUAUAUAUAGAUUGAUGUUUACAAUUCAAUAGGAAUUUUGUACUUUUCAUAGUGCAGUAUUUUAAUUCUAGAACUUAAGAAAUGUUAAAAUAAACUAGUAGAGUUAGAUAGACGGAUCAAUUACAGUGUGUGAUGAUACUAUUGUCUUUCAAAUCAUCAAAAAUAAAGUAUAUAUUUUUACGAGUGUUUUUUAAAUAAUUGCAAACAUUAAUAUCCAUAUGGAUGAGUAAAUAAAAUAAUAAACUUGGUGUUUUACCACUACCUAUAUAUCAGAUUUGUAGAGAUGGAAGAUGAGAAAAACAAUUGCGUUUGAUCAAAGCAGGCCUCUGUCUAGACUGGGUGCUAAUUUAAAACCCAGUCAAUGUGGAACUGGAACUAUAGCCACAUGAUAAAAUUGAUAACUUUAACUUGCUCAAAACAAAGUAACACCCUAUAACAAUAAUAUGUGUAACAUCUGAAAACAGCUUGCCGAGUAUCAAGCCUAUGUAGGUAAACUGACUAACAAGAUGUGUAUUUAAUUGUCUACGUAAUAGGUUUUGACUGUGAAGUAAAACAAACAAUAAACAUUAAAGCCAAAAGUAUGCCUAGGGUACGUUCAGACGUGGGGUUAAACUAGUCCUUAAUCUAAAAGUGCUAAACUAACCCUGCGUGGGAACGCAAUAUUCUGGUCCGCGAGGGUUAAUUUGACCCACUGAGCUGGGCUAAACUAAACCAAAAAAAUUAGUGGACUAGCCUAACCAUAGAGUUAACUUAGCCCAGGUUUUACGACCAACCCCCCGCUGCGAGGCCCAGUAAACCAUCGUUGGAACGCAUCUGAAACCACUCUAUAAUGCAGUCAAGUGAAACAGAUCAUGUUACGUCAUACAUUAAGUCUUUACGCUUCAUCUUCAGUGGGGUAUCUAUCAGGGCCAGACCCAAGCUAUGGUGAUGUGAGCGGCAGGGUUUUGGUUCGAAUCCCUACAUUCCGUUCAGUCUUUACUCUUUGCACAUAAUUUGUUGAAAUAAGCUAUCCCUUUAAUUAUCCAGUGGCAGCGGUUUGUUUAAGAGUCCCAGUAAGUAAACCCUUUGUGGUCAUUUAAAUCCUUGAACAUUUUGCAAACUGCGAAAUCAAUGGCGGAAGUGUACCAGGCCUACAAAGAAACAGGUAGAUAAACACAAUGUAUCCAGGUCUUCACAUCCUCCUAAAGUCAAAAGGACAGGAUGUAACAAGUUACACAAGUUCAACAAAUGAAAAGAUUUCACUUUUAUUCCUCAGUUUGCUUUGCUCUCCUUUUUUUCUACUUCACGUUUAGGCCUAUUUCUAAGUUUGCAGUAAAACAUUUCCUGUCAAUAUGUUGCUUUGUUGUGGUACACAGUUUGUGUUUUGAAAACCACAUUGGGUAUUAAAACCCUCAAGUGCGCAAGAAUCCAUUUGCCAAUGCUUGUUUCAAUAUACUAGUAAUAUAUUACGGACUAUUAACUAUUUGAUAGCCAACUUACAGUCUUCUAGAUGGUAUAGAUAUUGUAUUUUGACUACUCCAGGGUGGACAAAUGAGUAUUUGCACGGGUUGGGUCCCUACUUACUAAAUUAAAGAGUAUAAUCGGCGGUAUACUCUGUAUCUUUUACAGAGUAUACUCGUGUACGGGUGUGAGGGGAAUUCCCUGUGACAGCGGAUUAGUCUAUGUUGUGAAAAAUCCAGCGGGUAAACGAGCUUGCCCUGGCUACUCAAAUUAAAUUUAUGUUGCUCAAGCGUAUGCUCUUAAUACAGUUUGCAUUUCAUAGCUGUUCCUUUAAAAGGGCUGAUGUCAUUGUGAUUAAUGAUUUACAGGUUAAUAUUAGGUACAUGGUAACGUAUAUCAUUGACUAACAUGAUGGGCUACGAAUAAAAAAAUGGAAUAACCUGAAA